AUUUGACAUAUAGAAAGUUUGACAUAUUAAUUAUAACAAUAACGAAAUAGUUUUUGUGAUAUUAGUGCACACAUUAUACGAAACUUUUAAAAUGUUGAAACCCAAAGCCCUUACACAAGUUCUGAGCCAAGCCAAUACGGGAGGAGUUGAAAACACACUAUUACUCAAUCAUCAAGGAGCUUUAUUAGCGUAUUCGGGGUAUAAUGACAAGGAUGCACGAGUUACUGCAGCAAUAGCGAGUAACGUUUGGUCAGCAUACGAAAAACAUGGAAGAAACGUUUUUAAAGAGGAUAAAUUGCAUUUGAUAUUAGUUGAUUGUUUGAAUGGAAAAAUAGCAAUAACUCAAGUAGCUAAUUUAUUAUUAUGCCUUUAUGCAAAGGAGACUGUGGGUUUUGGUAUACUUAAGGAAAAGAUCCAUGCAAUAGCCCAAUAUUUGGAAGGCCCUUUAAAACAGGUAGCGACUUCAUAAAACAAAACUUUAUUGUGUCAUUCUAAACUUUCCAUAAGAAGUUGAAUUAUGGCUUUUUAUAAUUAUAUAAUCUAAAUAGAUUUAUAAAUAAUAUAUUAUCAUUUUUAUUUAUGCAAUGUAUAUUCAAUAUACAUUCUAAUUAAGUUAUCUUGCAAGAUAAAGAUAUAAGGAUAUUAUAUUGUUACUGCAAUAAUAUGAGUUAUUAUGGCUUAUAUCAGAACUGAAUUUAAAAUUACUAACUUGAACUGAUGUAACUGAGAAUACUUCAAGACUAUAACAGAUGUGGUGCCUUUAUGAAAGUAAUAAUAUAUAACUAAAUGACUUGAACAUUUGCACUGUAGGUUUAUUUCAUAUUAUUAUGGAUGAGUUAUGGCAUUUGAAGAAAAUUUAUGUCUUAAAUGAAAAUAUACACAUUUGCCGGUUGAAAAAAAAAUUGUUUUGUAGUGUCUUUAAUAGUUUGCAAAUUAAUGCUAACCCCUAAAUAUGGUCUGUGGCAGAUUUUUAAUAUAGGUUAUAAAAACAAACAGUUAAAGGUAAA